UUUGACCGCUCAGAUAAGGUGAAUGGGGGAGUGUGUAGAAGCUGGAACACAAAGAAGGGGACAGAGAUAGAGACCAGUAGUGAGAGAAAGACACAAAAGCUCAAGGAAAGAAAAGGGGCUUGAGCUUCUUGACUAUAUUUAUCGCUAGUUCAUCUAUUUGUUUGCCUUUUACGCUCUCUGCUUGAAGGAAGCAAGAACUUGGGAGGUUCUUCUGUGUUAUGUCGGCUGGGUUUGAUUUGGCUUUGAUUGGGGCUCCGUCGCAGCUCUGGCUUUUUACCUCUGCUUCAUCAACUCUCUCUGAUUGCUUUCGUUCUCUCUUUUGUGCUCUUUUCUGCUAUAUGCUUCUCUGCUGUUUCCAGCAGAGAUUGAAUUUGGGGUUUCCGGCUAUUUCAAUGCGUUUGAGACCCAAAAGGACUUGUUCUGGUGUGGAGUGUUUUGGGGGUUUUCACAUAAAGCGAUUUUUCUACCUUUUCCUGUUCUUGAGAGGGCCUCUGACUUGAUACCACCGUGAUAAUCCGACCUUCUCCCUCCCUUCAUUUCUUAUCAUAUUUUUCGUUUUGUUUUUUUAUUUAAAAUAUUUCUGGGUACUAUUGAGGGGUUUUGGCUAGUUUUAACCCAUUCCUGAUGCUGGAGCCUAGAACACAACCUUUGAACCACAUUAAACCCUGCAAAAGAGUCUCUGAUACCAAGUCAAUCUUGCCGGAAGAGUCGAGAAUGGAGUCCAAAAUGAGAAAAAUUCGCGUUAUUUACCAUGAUCCUUAUGCGACUGAUUCCGAUUCAAGUGAUGAUGAAUCAGCGAGAAAGGUAAAGAGAUCGUUUAAAUCAAAACGAUUUGUACGCGAGAUCAAUCUUCCUUUCAUUGUUUUUCCUCAGACCAAAGCCCUUGAACCUGAGAGUUCCUGUCAAGACAGUAACAACAGUGGCAAAACCCGCAACAAGAAGAGAAGGGUUUUGGGUAAAUCCUCAACCCCUACAACAACUAAAGCAACAACAAUUACUGAAACAAAAGCGGCUCCGAAGAAACCUGUAGGUGUUAGGCAGAGGAAGUGGGGUAAGUGGGCUGCAGAAAUUAGAAAUCCAGUGACAAAAGCCAGAACUUGGUUGGGUACUUACAAUACUCUCGAGGAGGCUGCCCAGGCCUAUGAGGCAAAGAAACGGGAGUAUGAUGCUAUGACUAUGACACGCUCUGAGAAGAGCCAAAAUAUAUCAUCUUCUGUGGCAGCUUCUCAGUCGCAAAAGAUCAACAACAGCAGCAAAAGCAAUCCUGCUCCUGCUACCUCAGAUGACACUGAGAGUGUGUUAUCGCAUACUUCUCCGUCUUCAGUCCUAGACGUGGACACUUCCGUUGUGUCAAAUCUUAAUGGUGACUCUAGUGAUUUGAUCAAAGAAGAAGGUUUUGAUACAGAUGUUGUUGAUCUUGAGAUACCUGAUUUGGGUUUUAUUAACGAGCCAUUGGGUUCUUGCCCAGUUGACGGAGAUCUUAACUUGGGAUUGGAGUUUGAUGACCUCAUUGAUGAUUUUGGGCAAUUUUAUGAUAAUUAUUGUGGCAUUGAAGAUCUUGAAAUUCGCGGGUUAGACAGUUGUGAACCAAGCGAGCUCCCUGAUUAUGAUUUUGAGUUUGGCAAUGAGGAAUUUGCUUAUUUGGAUGAUCAUCAUCAUCAACAGCACCAACUACCCCUCAAUAUUGCAUGCCCAUAAGUUUUGCAGCUAGGAUUAAUGUGUUAUUAGUAGUUUACAUUAAAGUUACAUUAUAGCAAGAACGUAUAUCUCAUGAACAAAAGAUGUUUCUUGAGAUUGUUCUUGUACUUGAGCUUUAAUUUAUUUGUUUAUUAAAGAAGAGAGAGAUAGGGAUGAGCUCUUUUUUGGUAGGGGAAGGGGUCCUUUGGGUUUUCCUGUGCUAUCAGAGCCGUCCAAGGGAUUCUAAAAGACUUUGAGGUUGUUCAUUGAUGCUGGAUUUUGAGGAACUUUGCUCAUUCCCCCCUCUUCCUUGUUUCUGAAUGAAAUGAGAUGAAACUGUUUUUUUUU